AUGAGUCUGAACAUCAGGAUCCCAGUGCUGGCAGGGACCAUUUCUAAACCUACACUCAGGGCAGUGCCAAGUAAUGUGGUAGCCACUGGGAACCAGGUGGCAUUCUUCUGUGGAGCACCCGUGGUAGCCAAGGAAUAUCGUCCCUAUAAAGAAGGAAGUCAAGAUUACCUGACACCAACAACCAUUCUCAAAACUGAGAACAAGGCCAUAUUUUCUAUCUCAUCUUUUCAAUGGUACAAUUCAGGGCAAUAUUGGUGUGGAUAUACAAGCUCCCAUGGCCCAUCUGAACACAGUGACACCCUGGAGCUGGUGGUGACAGGACAUUUCCUCUAUUACCACAGCAACAUCAGUUUGUCAGCCACGCCCAGCCCUGUGGUAACUUCAGGAGGGAAUGUGACCCUUCAAUGGACACUGAAAAACCACAACUUACAGGCAGAGCCACGUUUUGAGAUUGCUUCAGGGAAAGCUGUGACAAUCUUGUGUGAGGGGACCAAGAACACCCAACUAUAUUUCCUCUACAAAGAAGGAAGCCCAGCACCUUUGGAUAGUCAAACUCCACAAGGUCCCAGUAAAAAGGCCAUAUUCUCCAUAGCAUCCAUGGAAAGACGUCAUGCAGGGAAAUAUAGGUGUUACUCUUAUGGAUCUUUGGGGUGGUCAAAGCAUAGUGACCCACUAGACCUGGUGGUGACAGGAAUUUACUCCAGCAAACUCACCCUGUCAGCCCUACCCAGUCCUGUGGUGACCCCAGCAUGGAAUGGCGCUCUUCAGUGUGGGUCACAACAGGCAUAUGACAGAUUCAUUCUAAUGAAGGAUGAUCAGAUUUUCUCCAGUGCUGUGUCCUUAAAGAACACACAUCGUGGGCUCUCAGGAGCCCAUUUCAGAGUGGGUCCCGUGACCCCUAACCAGAGGUGGAGGUUCACAUGCUAUGCAUAUUACCUGAAUAACUCCCAGGUGUGGUCAGUGAGCAGUGUUUACUCCAGGAAAGUCACACUGUCAACCCUUGCCAGUCAUUUGGUGACCUCAGGACAGAAUGCCACUCUUCAGUGUGUGUCACAACAGGCAUAUAACGGAUUCAUUCUACUGAAGGAAGAUCAGAUGUUCUCAAGUGCUGUGUCCUCACCGAACAUAAACCAUGGGCUCUCAGGAGCUCAUUUCAAAGUGGGUCCUGUGACCCCUAACCAGAGGUGGAGGUUCACAUGCUAUGGAUAUUACCUGAAUAACCACCAGGUGUGGUCAGUGAGCAGUAAUGACAUACAGCUCCUGGUCUCAGGUGUCCAUGAUGACAAACCUACUCUGUCAGCUUUGCCCAGCCCUGUGGUGACCUCAGGUGGGAAUGUGACCCUUCAGUGUAUUUCUUCCAAAGGAUACGAUGGGUUCACUUUGACUGGGGCAGAUCUGAAGUUCUCCAGGUCCCAAAAGUCACAGUUCACAAACAAAACAAAAUUCCAGGCUCUGUUUUCUGAGAUCUCUGUGACAUACAGCAAGAAUGGGCCCUUCAGAUGUUAUGGAUACUAUACAAAUACCUCAUAUGUGUGGUCAGAGGCCAGCAACCCUCUGGAGAUCCAUGUCUCUGGUGAGGAAGUGUCCGCUUACACUCAGCUGUUUGGCAUCUGA